AUGUCGACAGUCCUGUCCUAUUUGCGGUCAGGAAAAUCGGUCAACGUAGACGACGACGAUAGUAGUUCAGAUAAGCGUAAAUCGAGCGCUGAGUUUCGUGGUUUUUCUGAAAAAGAAAAAUCAGAACAAAGUAUACCGAAGUCGAAAGGUAAAAGUAAAGUAAACGUCGAGCACGUAUCUGAGUCAGCAGGUGAUACCGAAGCUGGUACGAGUUCUGCGGGUUCCGGUGAUAUUUCCAACGAUCCGUCGAUCCCUGUUGAUCCCGUUCCUCCUCCGUCUAAUCCAUCUUCCGGUCCUCCACCUUCUCCACCUCCUGGUCCAUCCGACGAUCCGAGCGACGUUAGUGAUAGUAGCGACGACGACGACGAGUCCGACGAAGUAGCUGUAGAAUCCGAUUCGAGUAGUUCGUCUGGUAGACUUCAAACCGCGAUUGUACAAGUAAAUUCGUUAUCGCCGCGUAAAAAAGCGAAAGCUCUCGAAAUUUUAAUUAGGCACGUAGCUGAGAACGUUUUCCGACUGGUCAAGGAGACAGAGGAUCCGUACGUAUUCUGGACGGAGCUCAACUCCUUGUACCAGGCGGAAAACCAAGCAGCAAUCAUCGACUGUCGUACCCGUAUUUCGAAGAUUGUCAUCGAUAUGUACAAGAGUCCGAAGGAGUUCCUAGAGGCUUUUUAUACGUUAGUUAACGAUAUGGAGAGUCUGGACGUGAAGUUAACCCCUUCGGAGAUCUAUACGUAUCUGAUCAAUGCCUUGGGGAAUUCCCCUAGGUAUGAGUCAGUGCGUAUGACUGCUCGAGGAUUAGUCCACGUUACAGCUGGAGAUCCCAAUCCAAAAGUAAUUUCAUCGUUGCUUUUGAGUUUGGAAGAUGCCUCGAAGAACUCCUCGACUUCGAAAGGUUCGACAAGUACUGGGUCCGCGAUGGCCGCCGCCGAUAGUAAUCAAUCCGGUAAUAAACGUAAUCGUAAUCGUAAUAAAUCGCGUAGUAGUAAUUCGAACUCGUCCGGUAAUUCGUCGAACGGUAACGGUGAUCGUAGCGGUAGUAGUGGCUUCGUUCAAGCCAAGGAUCGUACCUGUUAUAAGUGUCAUACACGGGGCCAUAUGGCCAAGUCUUGUCGAUCCGCCGGAGGGAACUUUAGGAACGAUACCAACCCUCGGGGAAGUAUCGUUUGCUAUCGUUGCAAUCUGACAGGGCAUAUCGGUCGAAACUGCCCUCAGAACGGUGAUUCGUCGCGUAAUAACGGUGGUAACGGUUCGUCGAGUGGUACGUCAGGUACGUCUGGUACUGCAGGUUCGUCCGGUUCGGCAGGUCCUCGUCCGUCUAUUGCGUUAGGUCUUUAUUCAUCGACACCUGAAAAAAAGGAAAAUUUUUCGUUUGAUGAAGGUCGUAGGUGUAAUAUCGUAGAUGAAUUCGUGAAAGAUAGGUUUGGUCGUAGUAGUUUCGGAGACAGUGUCGCGAUAUCUAAUUUCGGUACAUCGCGUAACGUGAAUAUCGGGUCGAACUAUUUUUUAGUCGACUCGACUGCUUUGAAUCUCGGUGAAGAAAACGCGUACGUCGAGACAAACGACGACAACGGCGUUGAUUUCAUCACGUUUGUCGUCGAUAGUGGUAUCCCUGAUGAAAGAAGGAGUGGGUCGAUUUAG